AUGCCUUCCCGUAGCAACUCCGUCUCGUCACAAACCUCCAACAAGGAGCUAUCGCCCAACAACAUCGCCAUCAACGUCGUGAUCUCCGACGGCAAGAGUGAGUCUCCCGCCGGCGAUGCACUGCAUGGCCACACAGCAGAUGCUAACAAUGCUCCCGUAGCAAUCAAGCUCAACAUCCUCCCAACACAUACAGUGGCGAACCUCCUCAAUUUCCUCAAGGCAGACACUACCGUUGACUCAAACGCACGGCUGCUUAUGGACUCGAAGCCACUAUCGCCUGCGUCGACAGUCGCCGAACUGAAGCUCACAUCCGGCGCCACCCUCUCGCUCGACCCACCCUCCGCACGACGGAGUACCUCUCCUACCACCACCGAGGCUAUCGUUGCCACUGAUAACAAGUCAACAGCCGAUUCAGGCACAUCCACACCCGCCACUGCAGCCUCAACACCCCGAUCGGGCACACCAGCGAAGAAGUCUCGCAAGCCACGAUGUAGCAAGGACGGCUGCAAUGCCCCCGCACAACCGAUAGUGGGAGACUGCGGAUACUGCGCGAAGCGUUUCUGUGGGAAGCACCGGAUGUUGGAGAGUCAUACCUGCGAAGGACUGGCGGAUGCACGGCAAGCGGACAAGGAUCGGAAUACGGCCAAGCUGGAGGGCGAGCGAACUGUGAUGUUGAGAGGCCUGUAG